GUCCGCAAGCUACGUGAAGAGGGGCAACGGGUGCCUCAACAUCAGCAAGGGACUACCUUUGAAGGGCGAGCAUAGGACAAUGUCCUGCAUCACUCACGGAGGGUUGUGCGGGCUCUGGGGAACAAUGUUCCAGAAUGGACAAGAUUGCCCGAACGUAUUCGGAUGCGAGCCCAUCAAGCGCAUCCUGCAGGACAAGGACAUGAAAUACUCUGGCAAGUUCAAUGCGUUCGUACAGGAGAUGUACGGGCUUCUGGGCCUCGCGAAGCAAGUCCUGGGUAAUCGCAACCUCGAGCGCCGCUACGCCGCGGGAAGUGCAAUGGACUAUGACUUGGGGCGCCCGCAGCGAUGCGCGUUGCCGCGCGGCCGCUGGGGCAAUGCAGAACUGUUCACAUUCCGUGCCGCUCAAGGUGCAGACGAGAGUAAUGAACACGGCGGCGCCCUCGAGUCGGAAAGGGGUGUGGGAGUGUUCGCCCCACACGCGAUGCCAUGGAGCAAGACCCCGAAUCUAUAUCAGCUGCUGGGGAUGCGCCCAGGUGAAGACGUCGGAAAUCACUUCCGCGAGGCAUUCUUUGCUCUGCAUCAAGACAAGCGGAGGGUGUUCGAGAAUGAUGGGCUCGACCAGCCUGGCUUGCUGGCAAAAAUGAUCGAGAAGCCAUCAUUCCAGCCAACAGUGGACAUCCCGCAGGAUGUCUACCAAGCCAUAUGGAACUCCGCCAGCGCCGGCAACAUUCCCUGGAUCGUGGGGCUCGAGCCCUACGCGCAAGGCAAACAUCUGCCCGUAAUACGGGGAAGACAGUCCAAUUGGGAAGUGCCGCGCGAGUACGGCGGACAUCGCCAGGUUGAUAACCUAAGCGCUGUGGUGAUUGCGCCGUGGAUGGGCUCUGAAGCGCACGCAGAAUACCGCAUCGCCCCGCCGUUCCUCACUCCGGCACAGAAUGAGUCUCUGCUACGAGCGUGGUUUCAGGAGCCAAUUGACCGAUUGCUUAAGGACCUGGAGACAAUGUCUCCAAGAGAAUUCUUCAGGUUCUACGAGCGUGAAGUCUGGGGCCACGUGGGUCAGUGCAGGCCCAAUGGGCCACGGAGGCGCAUCGCCGAUCGGUUUUAUUCCAUUCAUGCCACGAUGCCCGACGAUGUCGUGUGGACUGGAAGGGUCGGCGAUCCUGCUCGCGUCCCGAUUGGACCAGGGGGAGUUGCGCGCUAUCCGCAGAGGGAGAACGGGCCUGUUCGGAACAGCCCUCUUUGCAGGAAGAUGCCGCUGCGGGAAAUCUCGUUCAUGACCUCAUACGAGGGCGCCACAUUUCAAGACCUGGAGGGGCAUGUCAAGAAGUGCAAGACUUACCUGGGAGUCCAGGGUCCCAGCGAGCGGCCGGCAUGGUCACGCGACCCAUGGCCGUGCGUAGCGCUGGAGGGGCGCCGGAAAUCACACAAACAAGAGUACAUAGUGGAGUUCCAGGACAGCCUUGUUCACAACGGUUGGCUGAAGCGGGCUGACUACAUAUCGCCUGAACCCGACCACGGGCGUGAUCAGGGGCUGCCUGAGUUCGACUUCGAUCCG